UUUACACUUGCAUGAGCCUAUGAAAGAACAAUAAAACAAUAGAUUAAAUAUUAUAAAGAGCUAUAGAAAAGGAUUAUAGACCUGUCCGUGUGCAAUGAGAUUAACAAUGGCAUUGUUCAUGGAUUUGAUUAUAACCGACUUGGUUUAUAUUUUCUAAUAAUUGCUUUAAAAUGUACAGUAAAAAUAUAGUAGAUAUUACCUAUUAUACUUUCUGUAUAUUGACAACGAUUUGCUAAUUUUAUUCCACUUGACGAUCAUGGACUCCAAGAAGGUCGCAAUUGAAGAAGAAUUAUCUUACGAUCCUAAUGUUGUUAAUUACUUUUAUCUUAUUGAAAAAUAUGGAUCUGAGGCACGGAAAAAAAUGGCAGAGGCUAGAAAUUACAGGAGAAAAGAAACUGAUCACGUUAUUUCUCCUGGUUCUCUCAUCAGAUUUAAACUUUCAAAGGCCUAUAAAUCCAUGGAGAAACAAGAAGUUAAAGCUUGGAGCAAGCCGAAUGUUCAAAAGGUUCGUGUUAAGAAAAAAAGAAAAGGCGAAGGAUCUAUCAGCGUUAAUGAUUCUAUGACUUAUCAUUCGGAUAAAUCUAAAGAUACCAAAAGUAAAUCAAGUAGUAAAAAUGGAGGCUCAUUAACUAUGAAAGGAGGCAGUCAAACUAACGAACGUGAUGGCAUAUUGUCACCUCCUCCUGGUGAUCCGAACGAAAAUUGGGACUAUGUUCGGAAAGCUCUUCCAUCACCUGAAGAUCAGGACAACAUACCCGUCUUUAGACGACCAAUAAAAGAACCUUCUGAAGGGGUUCCAGUGGAAGUUAAAUGGAAGAAAUCAACUAAUCAAUGGUCGGAAAUGGUUAGGUCAUAUCAUUCUAGGAAAUUGAUUUCAGCAACAACAAAACUGUCAUCUCGAGCGCCUAGUCCAACUCCAAUCUAUUCAUAUCCACAAAGGAAACCUACGCCAAAACCCUUAACUGAACAAGAGGAACUACAAUUGCUACUAGAUCCGAAUCGGGCCGAAAAAAUGCAAAAGAAAGAAAAAAUAGUUCAAGAAGAAAGACCAAAAAUUGAAAAGAAUUCUAAAUAUGGAGUACUAGAUAAAUGGAGGAGAGGAAAUUCUAUAUGGAAGCAAAUGGUUAGAGUUCAUCAAAGAUCUAGAAUAUUGGCCGCAACGACCAAUCCUAAAAUAAAACUACGUCAGGACACGAGAGAAAAUAGCGUUAAAGACUAUGAAAGUACAGGCUCUUCGAAAACAAAGACUUUAACUCAAAGAUGCUCAUCGGCACCUCCUGUGCCAUUUACUUUUAAGAGAAUAAAAUUUAAUAUGCAUCCAUUUGGUAGAGCUGAUAAGAAUGACAAAGAAAAGGAGAAAAAAAGGCCAAAGAGUGCACUAAAGGCUGCAGAGGAAGUAACAACAGAGCGUCUUACGGAAGAGACAAAAGUUGUCAUAAGCAAAUCUUCACUUAAUAGUAAGAACAGCGUUAAACAAUCGAUUUCCAAUUAUAAACUUUCAAAUGAAAAUCAUCAAGAUAAUAAGAUACCUCCAAGAGUGUCUUCGAGAUGUCAAUCGAGGCAGUCCAAGCAAACUGAAUCUAGGAAAUCUUCAAGGCAAGAACAACGAAAAAUCAGUAUGCAAGAACGUCGUAAAAGCGUUAUGAGCAUAACUGAAGAAAAUAAGGAAAAGAAAAAUAAAGAAGAGGACGAAGAAUCAAAUUCGGAUGCCACAUCCACAGAAUCUUAUUUAUCAUCUGCGGCGAGAUCAAAAUCUAGGUCCACUUCUAGAUUGUCAAAUACUGGAAAGUCAAGUCAGUUAGGUUCAAAAUCAGCUAGCAUAAGUGGUCAAUCACUUAAAUCAAGUGAGAGUAAAACCGAAAAGCCAAAAAAAAUUAAACUUUGCAGAUUUUAUUAUAAACUCGAUAAAUGUAAGUGCGUUGGCAGUAAAAGAACAAUGGAUGCUUUAAAGAAAAAGAAUAAAAAAGUAACUUGUAUUCUUUAGUUUUAUUUGGCGAAUUUUUUAAAUACGAACGAUUUACUCAACAAUUUCAUUAUGUUUCAGUAUACCGGAGUGAUAACUGUUUUCGAUUGUAGAAAACCCGGAGUGGACGAAAAGUGGGAUGACGUACUUUGUCCUUUUUGCGAUGUUCAACCCAAAAGACUAAUAAAUUCGUGGGCAGAAGAUCAUAUGCAGUCAAGGCCAGAUAUUGCUCCUGGAAGGGAGCAGCCUCUCCCACCUCAAAAUCCUAAAGUUCGAUUUUUAUUAGAAUCUCGAGGAAGUGAGAGUGAGACUAUUCGUCCGUCCACUGCGCUUUCUCAAACUAAAUCCAAAACUACUGCAAAAUCCUCUAUUUCUUCCGGUAUUCGUGUUCAAAAUAAUCGAUAAUUAUAUAAGCUUAAUUGUAACCUACCCGAGGUUUAAACUAUUUCAUUAAUUACAAAUUGAAUAUAGAAAUGAUUAAAUGACUAAGUACAACUCCAUCUGUCGACAAUAAAUAUCAUAAAAAUAUUUAAUACAUAAUUAUUCAAUGUU